AAUCAUUUGUCGUCUGUGUUGAAAAUCUUCAAGGACGUUUUGGAAAAUACCGUUGCUUCUGCACGUUUUUGAAAACGUUAAUUAUUCGUAUAAGUACAAGGAAAAAUUUAUCCUAUGUGAAGGUGCAGAAAAUUCGAAUUUGUAUAAUUAUUAUUUUUAACUUUAAGUUAUUAUCAUAAGUAUUUUAACUUUUGUUAAUGGGAUUUGAACCCUAUUACAACGCAAUUACUUGAAAAUUGAAAUUUUAAACACUAAAAACUUAAGAUUAUGAAAUCACUUUGAUAAACAAACCAUGCAAGACCGUGGAUAACUUAAAUAAGUUAUCAUAUUUAUUGUUAUUGUUGCGUAAGAUAUUGUUAUUAGGGCAUUUAUUAAUUUUCGCUAAUAGUCAACAAGUUAUAAGAUACGGCUCGAUCUUUGACAUUGAUGCAAGAUACCAAUUUGUGAAAUGUAUACUACCCGCGCAGUAUCCUAAUGAAAUCGGCAUUUUGUCAGCAUAUUAUAACAAGUUGAUUAGAACUUUUGACCAUGUGCAUAUUAAGAUUUUUUACACGUGAGGCUUUUAGUGCCCAUAGAACUAAUGAAAUACUUGCAAAAUUAAAACUUGUUGAUAACAACGUGCAAGAAUUGUCGACUGAGGUGUGCUACCAUGUGGAGCUUGCUGAAGGUUGUGAUUAUCUUAAUAUCAACCAAAUAAAGAUACUGCAGUGGUUGUUGAGCUCACCACUUCAACCUCAUGCUUUGAGGAAUGAAUCUAUGUACAAGUUCAUAGGUGAUGAUCAAAUAAUUAUAGAAAUUGGCCCUAGAUUUAACUUCUCAACAGCGGAUUCAAGUAAUUCAGUGCAAAUCUGUGAAAGUGUUGGCCUACAUGAUGUUGUGCGUCUUGAAGUCUCUACAAGAUAUCUUGUCACAUUCAAUCAACCUAAGAGUGUUAGUAGGCAACUUUUUGAUGAACUGGCUGCACCAUUGCAUGAUAGGAUGACACAGACUAUAUACACUACGGAGAAUCUCCCCCGAAAGAGUUUCAAUGAGGGCUUACCUAAGGAUUUGGAGCCAUGGUUUGUAGUACCAUUACAGAAAGAAGGGAUCAAAGCUAUGGAACGAGUUAAUAAUAAACUUGGUUUGGCGUUUGACGCCUGGGACAUGCAGUUUUAUAUGGAUUUGUUUGUAAAUAAGCUAAAAAGGGACCCUACCAGUGUAGAGCUAUUUGAUCUAGCACAGAGUAAUAGUGAACACUCAAGGCAUUGGUUUUUCAAGGGUAAAAUAAUAUUAGAUGGCAAAGAUAUUGAUGAAUCACUAAUUGAUAUGGUUGCUUCAACACAAAAGAACUCCAACAAUAACAAUGUCAUAAAAUUUGGCGACAACAGCAGCGCAAUAAUAGGAUUCGAACACACCAAAAUAAGGCCUAGUGAUGUGAAAGUACCAUCUCCUAUGAAACAAGAAGUGACACAGUCAGAUAUAAUAUUCACAGCGGAGACUCACAACAUGCCCACAGCUGUGGCUCCGUUCAGUGGUGCCACCACUGGCACGGGGGGUCGUAUCAGAGAUGUCCAGGGGGUAGGUAGAGGUGGACAUACUGUUGCUGGUACGGCUGGAUAUAGCGUUGGAAAUCUAUUGGUUCCAGGAUAUGAUCUACCCUGGGAAGACAAGAGUUGGAAGUACCCCAAUAAUUUUGCAAAUCCACUUCAGAUCAUAAUUGAUGCCAGUAACGGCGCUUCUGAUUAUGGUAAUAAAUUCGGAGAGCCCCUAAUUUCAGGAUUUGUACAAUCGUAUGGUUUGAACAAUGGUGAUAACAUAAGGGAGGAGUUUGUGAAACCUAUUAUGUUCAGCGGAGGAAUUGGAUACAUGCCUCACUCAAUGAUCAAAAAGAACAAGCCAAGCAAAGGAAUGCUGCUGGUGAAGAUAGGCGGGCCCGUGUAUCGAAUCGGCGUAGGCGGCGGUGCGGCGUCUUCAGUGGCCGUACAAGGUGGCGAUGCUAGAGACCACGCCCUCGACUUCGGUGCCGUCCAGAGAGGUGACGCAGAAAUGGGAAAUCGUCUUAACAGAGUUGUCAGAGGAUGCUUAGAAGCUGACGUCAAUCCUAUUGAAUCUAUACAUGACCAAGGCGCUGGUGGCAAUGGGAACGUGUUGAAGGAGCUUGUGGAACCAGAAGGGGCUGUGGUGUUCACCGAGGAGUUCCAGUUGGGAGACCCCACCAUCACUACCCUGGAGUUGUGGGGCGCAGAGUACCAGGAGAAUGACGCACUGCUCUGUACUAAGGCUAAUAAGAAUAUUCUAGAAGAAAUAUGUCGUCGAGAGAGAUGCCCCGUAUCAUUCGUAGGUGAAGUUACCGGAGACGGGUGUAUGAGUCUGGUGGAGGACAAGUACAAAGAAAGUUACCUGGACAGUGCUGGCAGGCUGCGAACCGAGCUUAAAUGCAACUUACCGUAUAACUUACAUUUGGAAGCAGUCCUAGGUAACAUGCCGCGGAAGACUUUCGAUCUGAGACAAGCCAAACGUACUAAACUUCCUCUCGCCCUACCUGCCGAUAUUACUGUGGAGAAAGCACUCGAUCGAGUCUUAAGACUCGUCAAUGUUGCCAGCAAGAGAUAUUUAACAAACAAGGUCGACCGUUGUGUCACCGGUCUGGUAGCCCAGCAACAGUGCGUGGGACCUCUGCACACCCCACUCGCUGAUUUCGCCAUCAUCGCUCUGUCGUACCACGAGCUCGUGGGGUCCGCUACGUCCAUUGGCACUCAGAACAUCAAGGGUCUGUUAAACCCUGCAGCGGGAGCGAGGUUGUCCCUUGGCGAAGCUCUUACUAAUUUGGUAUUCGCGGGUAUAAGUGAGUUAGAAGACGUGAAAUGCUCCGGGAAUUGGAUGUGGCCAGGAAAGACAGGUGCAGAAGGAGCUUCACUGGUUGUGGCGUGCGACGCUCUUUGUGUGGCCAUGAGGGAGUUGGGCGUGGCCAUCGAUGGCGGGAAAGACUCACUCUCUAUGUGCGCUAGUGUAGAAGGAAAACCAGUUCAAUCACCGGGAACGUUGGUAGUAUCUACGUAUGCGCCUUGUCCUGACAUCACCGUGAAAGUGGAACCUACACUCCUCGUCGAAGGCGCAGCAUUGAUCCACGUUCCAGUUACUCCGGGAAAAUACAGGCUUGGCGGUUCGGCACUGGCACAAUGUUACAAACAGUUGGGAGAUAGUCCGCCAGAUCUGGAUGACCCUAAAGUGUUGAAAUCUCUCUUCAAGGUCACACAGAAACUCUUGAAAGAAAAGAAAUUACUCUCUGGCCACGAUAUCAGCGAAGGAGGUUUUAUAACAACGGUAUUAGAAAUGGGUAUUAGUGGUAUACGUGGUCUGGAACUGGAUAUACGAGUUGAAGAUGACGUAUCCGCUAUAGAAGCGCUGCUCAACGAAGAGCUGGGCGUUGUCAUAGAAGUGGCACAAAGUGACUUGGAGUAUGUCCUAAAUGAGUAUAACAAACAAGGCGUCAAGGCUAAACUUGUUGGCAAAACUGGCGCGUAUGGCAUGGAUUCUAAGGUUGUCGUGAAGGUGAAUGGGGAAUUAGUAUUGAAUACAAAAUUGAUAAACGUGUACAGAAUGUGGGAAGAAACCAGCUACCAAUUGGAAUGUCUGCAAGCUAACUCUGAUUGUAUCAAGCAAGAGUGGAACGGUCUCGCAAAUAGAAAAGGAGCUACAAAUAACGUCACAUUCGACCCUUCGGUUGGUGUUGUGAAAACUAAGUCCGUCAAAGUGGCUGUAGUUAGAGAAGAAGGUAUAAACGGCGACCGCGAAAUGAUCGCUUCCCUGAUGAUGGCGAACUUCGAGGUGUAUGACGUCACCAUGAGUGAUCUACAAGCGAAGAAGAUCACACUCGACGCCUUCCAGGGACUGAUAUUCCCCGGCGGUUUCAGCUACGCUGACACUCUCGGCUCAGCUAAAGGUUGGGCCGCCGGUAUUCUGUUCUCUGAGUCACUGAGCACGCAGUUCGCCAACUUCAAGGCUAGAAGUGACACAUUCUCACUGGGUGUGUGCAACGGAUGCCAGCUGAUGGCGCUGCUGGGCUGGGUCGAUGCAGAGGAGACCAGACAAGUGAUGAAGACCCAGAUAUUCCUCGACCACAAUCAGUCGGAAAGAUUCGAAUGCCGAUGGUCAGCAGUGAAGAUCAACGAGCGCAGUACCGAGGACGUUUGGUUCCGCGGCAUGGGCGGCAGCGUGCUCGGCGUGUGGGUGGCUCACGGGGAGGGGCGGUUCACCGUCUCCGACCACCACAUACUGGGGAAGCUGCGCGCGAACGGACAGGUCGCCAUGCAGUACGUGGACGACGAUGGAGCGCCCACGGAGAUAUAUCCCAUGAAUCCUAAUGGUAGCCCAGAUGGUCUGGCCGGUGUGCGGUCGCGGGACGGGCGUCACAUCGCCAUGAUGCCGCACCCCGAGCGCUGCGUGCUGCGCUGGCAGUGCCCCGCCCCCGCCCCGCAUGCCGCCCCCUCCAACAACGCCUCGCCCUGGAUGAGACUGUUCCAGAACGCCUACGUCUGGGCAUCACAGCAAUAAACAUUACAACUUUUAUAAUUAAAUUAAUUAUUAUAAAAAUUGCUUGCAAAAAAGAGUAGAAAUUAAUAGGGGCGCCACUAUCAAAUGGGCAAAACAGAUACGAGAAACGUAAAUGUAACCAUCACAGACAAAAUAAUCACGAAAACACUUAUUAAAGCUUCAAAAACAUGUAAAUAUAACAUGUAAUAUAAAAAUACUUUAGAGCCCAACAUUUACAGUACUCAAAAAUAAUACAAACCUGUUAUCUCAGAUGUUCUUCAGUAAACAUUGUCCAAAUCUGACAACAUUUUGGCUUUGAUUUUGAAUUAUGAGCAUGGCUCAUAUUUAAUGAUUAUAAAGUAUGAAAUGUGAUUUCACUUAAACAUGCUAUGAAAUGUUAUUUAUGAUUCUCAAGAACUUCUGACAUUCCAACUUUUAUUAAAAUAUCGAAUUAUACUGCAAUCUCGCACAAGAAUAUAUUUGUUGUUAUAUAUAAAUUAUGUAUAAUAAGAAUAGCAAGAAUUUAUAAGUUUUUAUUAAAACAAAAUUUUAUUUUUAUAAACAAAAUACAAAUUUUUAUUAAAACAAAAUAGUUAUGCAUG